AUGGUGGUCUGCAAGUUCUACGAGCAGGGGAACUGCAGGUAUGGACAGAACUGCCGAUUCGAGCACCCGAGAUCACAAUCGAACAACCGCUUUGCAGCUUUUGGGCAGGGUGGAGGGGGGGGAUUCAACCGCGGUGGCAACGAUGCGCUGCCGUACCAACUAUCUAAAGAAGCCAUCGAAAAGGACUUGACGUCAGAGGCACCUCAAUGGAUCUUGUCCGCCUACGGUCCGGGUAGGGACGCCCCCGAACAACUCUUUGGAGGCCCCAUGCGCGAGCAGAGUUUCGAGGAGAUGAGGCUUCUCCACCUGAUGGCGACGGCCGCGGGAAACCCUCAACAAGCGCUCAACCAAGCGCAGGAGGUCUACCAGCAAGCCCAGCAGCAGAUGAAGACAGCGGUCGGCAACCUUGACGGGGCAAUCCAGUUCAUCGUGUCCGCCGAGCAGAAGCACCCCAACAGAAUAGACAUCUGCAAGCAGGGGACACAACCGGGUGGCACGACGGGAGAGUUCGCGGUUGGGAGGAGGGCCGCGUCUUCCCUCGGCCAGCAGAACCCCUUUUCAUCAAACUCAUCCUCGGCUACGUCGUCAAACCCAUUUUCCUCGAACAGCCAGCAAACCUCAUCACCCUUUGGUGGCGGGGCCAACACCGCAGCGGCCUCGGGAACCGCCUUCGGCCAGCCGGCCGCCCUGGGGCAACGCCCGAACCCGUUUGGCACGCCCGCCUUUGGACAGCCUUCGCAGCCUUCAUCGGCCUUCGGGCAGCCGGCGCAGCCGACCUCGGCGUUUGGGGCCCCGAGUCAGAGCUCAGCCCCGGCUUUUGGCCAGCCCUCCCAGCCCACGUCUGCCUUUGGAAAACCCGGCGCGCUCGGGGGUGGCACAUCAGCUUUCGGCCAGCCAUCGUCACUAGGCCAGAAGCCGAACCCCUUUGGAGCGCCAGCUUUCGGCCAGCCUGCGCAGCCCGGUGGUAGCUCUGGCAGUGCGUUCGGUCAGCCGUCGCAGUCCGGUGGCAGUGGCAGCGCCUUUGGCCAAGCGAGCGCGUUGGGGCAGAAGCCGAACCCCUUUGGCGGCGCUUCGAGCGGAGCCAGCCCCUUUGCGAGUGCUGCCGCUGGUGGCAACUCGGCCAGUCCCUUUGGCCAAGCGGCGCAGAACACAGCCAGCCCCAGCCCGUUCGGACAACCGGCACAAAACACGACGCAGAAUGCCAGUCCGUUCGGUGCUCCCGCGCAGUCCAACGCCAGCCCGUUCGGGCAGCCCUCCCAGACCGCGGCUCCUAGUGCCUUUGGCCAGCCGUCACAGACGACGUCUGCGAGUCCGUUCGGCCAGCCCGCGCAAACACAGACGGCGGCGAGCAAUCCCUUUGGCGCAAAGCCAGACUCCCAGCCCAGCGCAUUCGGGUCUGCGUCGAUGGAAGCACAACCGACGCAACAGCAGCCGCCACAGCCAACCAGCGCCUUUGGCCAGCCGGCGCAACUCGGCCAGAAGCCAAACCCCUUUGGCCAGAACAACGCGCCGUCGCCCUUCGGCCAGCCAGCGGGCGGCCUCGGCGGGGGCGGAGCAGCAUCAAACCCAUUUGGUGGGCAGCCCGCCGCGCCGCCUGCCGCGCAACAAGCGGCGGCACCCGGGAGUGGGCCGUACCCGCCAGGGAGCUCGAGGCAGCACCCGCCGAUCUCGAGCUACAGCGCCAAGGGUAUGGACGGGCGGCUGAGCAACUGGAAGGGCAAGCCCGUCACGUACCAGAACAACCUUCCCGGGAUCCGGGCCUUCAACGGCGCGUGGACGAGGAUCUGGUUCCCCGACGGCCCGCCCAACUACUACAAGGACACGGAGCUGCCCGACGAGGCUUAUGAUGACAAGUCGAGGCAGCAGUGGCAGGCGUUCAUGCAGACGAGCAAGUUUGAGGGGCUGAUGCCCGAGCUGCCGCCGAAGCGGGAGUUUUGUCUUUGGGACUUGUGA